CAUCAAUCUCCCGAUGGUAUGAUACUGCCAAUAUGCGUAACCUGGUGUGUUUUCUCACACUGGCUGGCUUUGCAGCUACCAAGUCACUGCCGCAGCUGCCACUUGCUGCACACACCAAACCCAAUGUUAUCUUCAUCCUGACCGACGAUCAGGAUGCUCAUCUCGACUCUCUGGAUUAUAUGCCGUAUGUCAAAAAACACCUUAUCGACAAAGGCACUCAUUAUCGCAGCCACUAUUGCACAACCAGCGUCUGUUGUCCAUCGCGUGUGACGCUCUGGACGGGGAAGCUGGCACACAACACAAAUGUCACCGAUGUCAAUCCUCCAUAUGGUGGAUAUCCCAAAUUCAUCUCGCAAGGGUUCAACGAGAAUUACCUUCCUGUAUGGCUACAGGAAGCGCACUACAACACUUAUUACACCGGCAAGCUGUUCAACGUUCACACAGUUGACAACUACAAUGCCCCAUUCCCAGCCGGAUUUACCGGCCAUGACUUCCUCCUCGACCCAUUCACAUACGACUACCUCAACAGUACCUUUCAACGAGACGGCGAAGCACCCCAGAGCUACGAAGGCGAAUACAGUACGGAUGUUCUCGCGCAAAAGGCAUAUCGCCUCCUCGAUGAAGCCGUUGCUGCCCAGAAACCUUUCUUUCUCACUAUAGCUCCCGUCGCGCCUCAUUGCAAUGUAUUUAUGAACGGAACCGGGCUCGACGAAAACCCUGUUUUUAGCUUCAGCGCACCUAUCCCCGCCAAGCGACACGAGCAUCUAUUCAAGGGUAUACAAGUCCCCCGCACCCCGUCAUUCAAUCCAGAGUACCCAUCUGGAGCCAACUGGAUCAAGACCUUGAAGCGUCAAAACGAGACGAAUGUCGAGUACAACGAUCACUUCUACCGUAUGCGUAUACGCGCGCUCCAAGCUGUUGAUGAUAUGGUCGAUGGUCUCUUUACCCGCUUGCAUCAAUACAAUCUCCUGGACAACACGUAUAUUGUCUACAGCAGCGACAAUGGCUACCACAUCGGCCAGCACCGACUUCAGCCGGGCAAGUCGUGUGGAUACGAGGAGGAUAUCAACGUUCCUUUGGUUGUCCGCGGCCCUGGGAUUGCUGAGAAUACAUCUACAGAUAUCGUCACCACACAUACUGAUUUGGCUCCCACCUUCCUUCAGUUAUUGGGCAUCCCGCUGCGAGAUGACUUUGACGGGGAUCCGAUCCCUCUGACACGGAGGCAGAUGGAGGCCGCGCAGGGGGAGAGACAGGAACAUGUGACAGUGGAAUAUUGGGGGUUUGCUGCAGGAGAGGGAAUAUACGACUUCGAUCUAUCCGCAUACAACAACACCUACAAAGCCCUCCGGAUCAAAGGAAAGGGAUAUAACCUCUACUACUCAGUAUGGUGUAACAACGAACACGAACUAUAUGAUAUGACCACCGAUCCCUACCAACUCCACAACCUCUUAUCCACCGACGCUUCCACUACGCCAACUCCCCACACAAUCCUAAACAUCCCCCUACCCAAGCUCACCCCUCGUCUGGACACCCUCCUCCUUGUCCUCAAAUCCUGCAAGGGCCAAAUAUGCAUUAAGCCCUGGACGGCGCUGCAUCCAGGCGGGGACGUGGCCACACUAAAAGAAGCGUUACAUGCACGCCACGAUCACUUCUACGAGGUGGAGCAGAUGACUCGGGUCCAGUUCGAGGAAUGUGCACGUGGGUAUUUGCUUGAGGUGGAGGGACCGCAGUUCGAUGCCGAUAGCGAAGCAAGAGAGAAUGUGUUUGUUCGAGAUGGAUUAUUGUGGGAUAAGUGGGUUUGAUUAAGAUGACGAAUCGGAUGCAGGUUAUGCAGAAAGGGUUGUUGAUGCGUUUACUCCCUUAGAUGUGUGUGCGAGUGUUACGUUAUAUACAUGUAUGCAUUCAGGUCAAUACCUUCUUCCUCAG